AGCCAUCAUUCUCCCACAGGGAUCCUUGUUACUCCUGAAUUUCAGGACUGUCUUCCGUGUUGAGCUCCUUUGUUUUGUUCUUUCCUUGUGUGGGUCUAGGAAGGACAAUGGGGACAGUGAGAGCUGGGCUAGAACAGGUUCAGACACAGUCACUUUGAGUCCUACCUGUGGCGUCCCUAGGUAAGGCCCCAUCCCUGUUGUCAAGGGAUAUGCCGGCAUGCUGGGCUCCAGGUGACAUGGGCUGGACUCUAAAUCCAUUGCUCCUGUCACUACCACUACCCCUCCCCCGUGACAACCCUGCUCGCUCCCCUCGUAUGUGUGCAAGGCUAACCUUCAACUCUUGAGCCUCCUGCCUCAGCUUCUGUGUGCUGGGACUGCAGACAUGAGUCAUCACACCAGUUUCCACACCCUUUCAGAGGACCUCAUUUGCUUGUACCUCCUGUCUGAAAGGAAGGGACAGAGAGGGUUUGGAGACCAAGGCAUGGGAGCAAGACUCAGAGAGAGAUGCAAUGAGCGGGUUUGUGUGUACCAGCUUUCUUCUGUGUUUCUCUGGCGCUGUGACUGUCUGUCCAAAUCCUCCCCAUUUUUCAAUGCUUCCUCAUGUGGUUUCUGUGGUCUCCGCACUAGAACUUAUUUGAGAGCACCAGAAUUCUCCAGCAGCAGCAUUUGCCUUCUGCUGUGUGCUCUCGUGUCUAGUCCACAUUCGUUCGUUCACCAAGGGUGCUCGUCACCCAGGAAGAGUGGCUGUCUGUUUUGCAUUCCUGGGUGCCUCUCAUAGUACAGAACUUUGGUCAGUAUCCGUCCCAGCUUCACCACCUGCCAGCUGUGUGGCCCCUCUCGCUUCUUCCCCUCCCUGAGCCUUAGUUUACAUUCAUUGUUGAAACAUUAGACUUGCCAGGCAGUGGUGGUGCACGCCUUUAAUCCCAGCAUUCAGAUUUAAUCCCAGCCGGUGGAUCUCUGUGAGUUUAAGGCCAGCCUGGUCUACAGAGCAAGUUCCAGGACAGGCUCCAUAGCUACUUGGAAACACUGGCUCGAAAAACCAAAACCAAACAAACAAACAAAAAUAUUAGACUUUACUUUCAGAUAUGGGAUUCUAUGGCCCUGUCUUUGGAAGGAGGAAGAGCCUGGGUUGAGUGUUCUUGUGAGCCCCCACCUGCCCGUAAAGAUUCAGGCAUGAUUGGGUCUAGCAGAGCGGCAGAGACGGGCCCAUUUGCUCAGCCUGUGAGUGACCAGGCCAGUCCUGUGGUCAGGCUCAAGGGUGACCAUGUCGCCUGCCUCAGUCUCUUCACAGAACCCUCAGAGCCCCUCCCCGAGGAGCCCAAGCUUGAGGGGAUGGCCUUCCACCACUGCCAUAAGGACCCCAUGCCGCAGUCAGGCCUCUCUCCUGAGAGGCUGCAGGCCCGGAGGCAGCUGUGUGCCGCCUGUGCUGUGUGCUUCCUCUUCAUGGCUGGGGAGGUGGUUGGUGGGUAUUUGGCACACAGCUUGGCUAUUAUGACCGAUGCCGCUCACUUGCUGGCAGACGUAGGCAGCAUGAUGGGCAGCCUCUUCUCCCUCUGGCUCUCCACUCGGCCAGCCACCCGAACCAUGACCUUUGGCUGGCACCGCUCAGAGACUCUGGGGGCUUUGGCCUCUGUGGUCUCCCUCUGGAUGGUCACUGGCAUCCUGCUGUACCUGGCCUUCAUCCGCCUGCUGCAUAGUGACUACCACAUCGAGGGGGGUGCCAUGCUGCUGACCGCCAGCAUUGCUGUCUGUGCCAACAUGCUAAUGGCCUUUGUGCUGCACCAGGCUGGGCCCCCCCACAGCCAUGGAUCUAGGGGCACAGAGUAUGCACCGCUGGAGGAGGGGCACGGAUACCCUCUGCCCCUGGGAAACACCAGUGUCCGGGCUGCCUUUGUGCAUGUGCUGGGGGAUCUCCUCCAGAGCCUGGGGGUCCUGGCUGCCUCCGUCCUCAUCUACUUCAAGCCUCAGUACAAGGCAGCUGACCCCAUCAGCACGUUCCUCUUCUCUAUCUGUGCCCUUGGAUCCACAGCCCCUACCCUUCGAGACGUUCUGCGCAUCCUCAUGGAAGGUGCCCCUCGCAGUGUGGGUUUUGAACCUGUAAGGGACACACUGCUGUCAGUGCCGGGAGUCCGAGCAACGCAUGAGCUGCACCUGUGGGCCCUGACGCUGACUUACCACGUUGCCUCUGCACACCUGGCUAUUGACUCCACGGCUGACCCUGAAGCUGUCCUGGCUGAGGCCUCGUCGCGGCUCUAUUCCCGGUUUGGGUUCUCCAGCUGCACCCUGCAGGUGGAGCGGUACCAGCCUGAGAUGGCCCAGUGUCUGCGCUGCCAGGACCCCCCCCAAGCCUGAGCCUCAGCCCCCACUGCCAGGCCCAGGCUCAGCCCUGGACUCUUAGCACCUGCCUCCCCACCACAGAAGGGACCAUCCUCUCUCCAUCUUCCACCUGCCAAACGCCCCAGCCCCUGCCCCCGGUGGUCAAGACCAAAGUGUACAUGUGGGGAAGAGGGAGGAGGGGAGGAUCAGACUGAAUUUCUGUAAGCAGUUUAGGGGUGUGGGGUGUGGGGUAUGUGGAAGCCCCACCAUUCGUGUUCCACGUGGCCUGGAGAGUCAUGCUUGCCCUUUCUGUGCAAUUCAUGUGUCCUUGCGGCAGGCUGGCUGGUAGCUGGGGACAUCUGCCUGUCUGUGUGCUGUUUGUGUGCCUAUGCCUGGGGAGGUCAUCAGGGGCCCCCUCCCCACGUGAUCCUUGCUCUGUCUAUGCAGGGGCCCCAAUGCCUGCACUUUUGUUUGUGUGCCCUGUGGUUUUGUCUGUUGUGUGUGUGUGUUCUUUGGUGCUGUGGCCUGUGUGUCUUUGUGGCUGUGCUGGUCUCUGUUGAGUCUGCUCUACCUGUGUGUCCAUUUAGGGAUCUGUCUGUCCAUCCCUCUGUUGGUGCUGUGUCCUCAGCUUUCCCCUCGGGAGAGGGAGGACUCCGAUACAGCCCCACCAAUAAACUCGUGUCUAACUGCA